GACGUCUUUCUCCAGCACGCAUGAUUCCUCCAGAUGGGAGAUGCGAGGUACUGUAUAUUAUGCUUUCAACUGAGGAAAAGGAAGGGAUUACACAAGGAAUCGACGACUGCCAUCGCAUAUUUUGAUCCAUUAAAAUGUGCAAAAGGAUGCAGAAUGAAGAUAUGCACAGACGGAUGUAAGAGGGCGUCCUGCCCUCGAAAAAGACCGUGACAAGUUCAUGGCCGCCAACAAGAAGAAGAGAAUAAUGGUUCUUAAUGAGGAGGGGGCAGCUGCACCCAUGGCACUGCACUCGACUGCGUCUCCCCCUGACCUAGUUGGUGCCCUAAAAACAGGGCAAGCAAGUGCAGUUGUAGCCAAUGAGGAAGCAACUAUUGCAGCAACAUCCACUCCAGGCUCUGCAAUGGGUGUUGCUCUUACAUUUAACUCCACUGUCAUUUCUAAUAACCAACCAGAGAAUUUACCACCAGAGAGCACCCGCAGAGGUAUCAAGGUGGUGUUGGACAGCAACAACAUGUGGAAUGAGUUCUUCAGAUGCAAAACCGAGAUGAUACUAACCAAACAAGGCCGGAGAAUGUUCCCUUAUUGCCGCUUUCGCAUCUCUGGUUUGGAUCCCUUCCAGAAGUACAAUCUGCUCAUGGAUAUCAACCCUGUGGACAACAAACGUUACAAGUGGACUGGGCAAAACUGGCAAAUGAGUGGAAAGGCAGAAGCCCAUAUGCUGAGACGGAUCUUCAUCCACCCAGACUCUCCAUCUUCUGGUCACCAAUGGAUGCAGAACCCAGUUUCAUUCUACAAGCUUAAGCUCACUGACAACACCAUGGACCAGGAGGGUAAUAUCAUUUUGCACCCAAUGCACCGGUACUUACCGCACCUCCAUGUGGUCUCAGCUGAAAUGGCUACGGAGGAUAUUCAGCUCAAUGGGCAUGAUGUAAUAACCUUCACCUUUCCCCAGACUGAGUUCUUUGCUGUAACAGCCUACCAGAACAUACGCAUGUCUCAGUUUAAAGCAGACUUCAACCCUUUUGCAAGUGGACCCUCUUGGGCUCUAAAGCUGAAAACGAGUCCCUCCAAUGAUUCAAAGAAGAAUGAAACCAGCUCUCCCAAUGAACUCAAGCCUGUGAAAGGAUUGAAUGGCCUGAAAUCUUUGAUGGCGGCAAAACACAGCUCUAAAGACACUUCAGCAGUAGAUAAAGGACUCCCCAGCGCGGAUGCUCAAAAUGUUACACCUACAGGCAGUGAAACCCGAUCUCCCAGUGAGCUCAAGCCUGUGAAAGGCCUCAGUGGCCUGAAGGCUUUGAUGGCAAAAUGCAACUCUAAAGACACUUCAGCAGUAGAUCAAGGACUCCUCAAUCCAAAUGCUCAAAAUGUCACCCUUACAUUUGGUGACAAAUCUGAGGUCAACAGUCAUCGACCCAGCUCCAUGCUAAAAUCAAGUCCCUCCAAUGAGAUGAAGAAAGACCCCAGCAAAUCUCUCAUUGAGCUCAAGUCUGCGAAAAGCCUGAAUAAUCUUAAGUCUUUGAUGGGGAAACGCGCUUCUAAAGAUACUUCUGUAGCAGGUCAAGGACUUCUCACUUCCGAUACUCAAAAUGUUAUGCUUGCAGAAAGUGACAAGUCCGGGGUCAAAAUAAGUCCCUCAAAUGAGUCAAAAAAAGACCACACCAGAUCUCACAAUGAACUCAAGCCUGUGAAAAGCCUAAAUAACCUGAAGUUUUUGAUGGCAAAACACAACUUUAAAGACACGUCCCCACUAGAUCAAAGAGUCCUCAGCGCAGAUACUCAAAAUGUUUUACUUGCAGACAGUGACAAGUCCUGGGUCAACUCUAUUGGGCCCAGCUCCUGCACUCCAAAGUUGAUAUCAAGUCCCUCCAAUGAGUUGAAAAAAGUAGAAACCACAUCUCAGAAGGAAUUCAACCCUCUUAGAAGUAAUCUGAGGUCUUUGAUGGCAAAGCACAACUUUAAAGACACUUCAGCGGUAGAUCAAGGACUCCUCAGCUUUCAUGCUCAAAAUGUUACACUUGGAGAAUCUGACAAGUCAAGUGUUAAUGAUCAUGCACCCAGCUCUUGCAAGAAAUCAAGUUCCUCCAAGAUGAAGAAAGAUGAAACCAUAUCUCCCAAGGUGCGCAAGCCUGUGAAAAAUACCCGAAAGUCUUUGCGCGGAAAACGCAACUUCCUGAAGACUUCAGUAGCAGAUCAAGGACUCACUAGCUCCGAUGCUCAAACUGCUACAGUUGCAGACAGUGAAAAGUCAGUCUGCAAGAAAGAGUCCACUGAUCAAAGUUCCUGUACAAUAGGUCCUCCCCAAAGUAACUUCACUGAGCUGAUUCGGGAGUGUCAUCUGAAAAUAAGAAGGUGCAAUGUGGAGAUAACCAACACAGCUUGCAAUGUUGAGCAAACAGACACUAAGUGCAUGGUUGCCAAAGGAAAAGUUGUGGAAGUAGCUGUUAAUUACAAUUUUUCCCAGAUUCCUGACGUGUUGUCGAAAACUAUAAAAAAUGUGGGAACCCAGGAUAAUGGGAAUACGAUUGACAGUGAAAAGGACCACCUCAGUUCAUCUCAGUCCCAGGAACCUGUGAAGACCCCUGUGUCUAUCAAUGACCAUUCAGCAGAUGAAGUUGAAAGCAGUCAAAAGGCUUCUCAAAGCUCCUCAAUGAGCUCUGAAGCAAAAAGGACAGGUUCUGAUGAACAGCAGCAGGGGAAGGCUAAACCACACAAACGACCUGAACCUGUGCCUUUGCCCCUGCUUGCACUCUACCUUCAACAGUUGAAGUCGAAAUCCAGACCUUUUAGGACCAAACCAAAAUCUCCUUUGCCUUCUACUUCAUCCCCAUCUUCUGCUGUUCUAACUACUGACCCUACUGGCCCAGCCACCGACCCUACUGGUCCAGCAAUGGUCCCCACUGGAUAUGCUGUUCUUCCAGCCAGUGAUUCUGUAGUUCAAGCUACUGACCCCACUGGGCAAACCACAGACUAUGCUCGUGUACCCACCAAUAUUUCAGUCCCGAGCACAGAUUUUUUGGUUCCUGCCACAGACUCAUUGUUACCAGAACCUGACCCAGUAUUACUUACUACUGAUCAGUCGUUACUUGUUGCUGAACCUACCUUAUCCAUUACACUAUCAUCCCCCACUCCACCCCUCAUGUCGCCAUUCCCUGACCCAUUGUUACCAACCCCCGACUCAUUAAUACCAGCCCCUGCCUUGUCAUCCCCAGCCCAAGAACUGCCAUCCCCUGUACCUGUCACAUUGAACCUAGCGGCUGAUCUAUCAUCACUUACCUCUGACCAUCCCUCAAAUGCCCCUGCGCUGUCAUCAACAGCUAGUGUUGCCACUUUGAAACCUGACUGUACCCCAUCGUUACUAUCUCCUGGCCCUUCACUAGGUGGCUUUGAGCCAUCAUCACCUGCAUCAUUACCAGAUCUUGAACCCCCUUUACCUUCCCCUGUUCAAUUGAAACUGGUCCCAGCCCCAUCCUUACCUGUACCUGCCUCGUCAUUCCCAGCCCUUGAACAAUUUCCGGCCCCAAACCUUUUUGUACUCUCCUCUGAACUUUCAUCACAUGCAUCACUGUUAGCACUACCUGCCCCUGAUCCUUUUUUAACAACACCCUUUAUCCCAUUGUUGCCUUCCGCUCACCUUAACCCAUUACCCUUUGAGGCAGCCUCAUUUUCAUCUAACUCUCACCCUGGCUCACUUGCUCUGGACCCUGGCUUAUCCUCACCUCCCCUGGACCCCGCCUCAUCAUUUCAAGUUAAUUAUGAACCAUUAACACGCCCUUCUACACCGUCUCCACUCCCAUUCCAGUUAUCUCCUUUUUCAUCGUUAGGUCCCGACCCAUUGUCACCAACCCCUUCACUUGCUGACCUCACUCACUUUUUCUCAAUCUCUGAUGAACUUGAGAUGACUGAAGACUUUCCAAGCAGUGAGGCGGCUCCUGUCCCAUGUCCUCAUGUCCCAACUUUAAUUACCCCUAGUGUACCAGUUGGUUCUACUCUACCGGUUGGUUCUAGUCAGCCAACCCAGAGCAUUAAACCCCAGAGAUCUAAGAAGAGAUCUAGGACAGGAGUGAAAUCUGCCAAGGGUGAUCCACUCCCAGUGAUUGGUGGACCCACAGAUGUCACCAUGCAGCCCAACCUGGAGGAAGUAGAGGAGCAGCUGUUUGUCUCUUUCACCUCCAAGGAAGCACUUGAAGUCCACCUAGGAGAGCCUGCAUUUCGUGAGACGACAAUCGCACAACCUGAGAAAACCCCCGAGGCGAAAGAGAAUGGAUCUGAAAGCACAGAGGAAAGAAUAGCUGCUUUCGAGAAGGUUCUUUUGGACGAUCUGAGGGUUAUGAAGCAUCGGCAGGUCAUUCAUCCUGUGCUGCAAGAAGUUGGACUGAAGAUGAGUUUACUGGAUCCCACUCUGGUCAUCGACCUGCAGUACUUAGGUGUCCAUCUACCUCUACCGCCACCCACGCUAUGUCCAGGACCAAGCACUGCAGGAUUGUCAUCUCCAAGUGGUUCAGUUCCCUUUGUUUCCAGGACGGGCAAGACAACAGACUUCACCCAAAUCAAAGGCUGGAGAGAUAAGAUUGUCCCUUCAGACUCCGCAGCAUCCUCCAAGCCUGACGUAUGUAGCCCAAUAGGCUUUAAAGAUGGCCCGAGUUCAGAUGUGGUCCCGAAGAACCUGUCGGCCUUCUGCAGUGACAUGUUGGAUGAGUAUCUGGCUAGCGAAGGCAAACUCAUCGACGAGCGGGCUGCCAGUUUCACCCAGACCACCGUCGUCACCCCUGUGACCUACCAGCUGCCCACCAAGAGCACCAGCUACGUCCGAACCCUGGACAGUGUGCUGAAGAAACAGGCACCGGCACCUUCUACCACCUUUGUCCCCCCAUCCCAAAAAAACAGACUGCCCCUCGCAUCCAAAGGACCUAAAAAAUCUGAAAAAUCUGAAAAAAGGCAACAAAAACAACGCUCAAAGCAGAGCAGAACUAAACCAACUUCUGCACCAACACCAUUACAAAUUGCGCCACCGCCAUUGAUGGAUCACGCUGCCCCGGCCAUCACCCACGACGACACAAUUAAAACUGUGAAAAGGACUAAGAGGAAGCCGAGGGUCAAGACUCCACCACCAGCCCAAGACUCUGUUGUGUCGAGGCCAGAGGUAGAAGAGCCACCUCCCCCUGACCUGGCUCCUGUGGAGGGCGACUCAGAUCCAGAGUCUGCUGCUGCUGAGACCAGGGUCGUUGUUCCUGGGUUGACAAAGGCCUUUCUCAGACAGAGGGAUCUGGAGGACGGGGUUAUCUGGGAGGGCAAGCAUCGGACCUGUAUCACAGAGGACAGGGCAACGGUCGCCCUCACCUCGCUCUUCACUUCAACGGGCUUUGUUUGUGAGAAUCCUACAGCUCCCAUUAAGAUUGUAAAGCGCAGUGCUCCUCCCUGCCUCAAUGCAUUCUGCCGGCUGGGCUGUGUGUGUGCCAGCCUGGCACAGGACCGUCGUAUUACCCACUGUGGAAAGAUUGAGUGUAUAUUUGGCUGCAGCUGCCUCAGGCAGAAAGUGGUUGUGCUCAAAAACUUAAAAGGGCCAGAUUCCAGUGCGUCAGAAGAGGGCCCGUCCAGGAAGAGCAAGAAGAGAAAGCGGAUGAGGAUGGCAUAUACUCUGAGAGAGGCGGAGACCGUAUCAGAACCAGCUCGGCGUGUGAGAACGUUGUGGAAGCACACUGAUGGAGAGAUGGACCCGGAGCCCCUCCUCGCCCCAACACCAGUCUAUCUUCCAUGGCUUCCAUUACAGGAAGAGUCUUCAGCAGUGGUGAGAGCAGAGGAAGUGACCAUGACAUGUGCCAGAGUGCGUGUGUUUAAAAGCAAGAGCACAAACCGACCUGAGGACAUUGACAAUUACUGCAAACCAAUUGACUCCGCACCAGUGAGCCCUUCCAGGAAGUCAGAGAAGUCGUCCUCCCACGGUCCCCAGUACACGGAGCCCUCCAAGCGUCUGGAGAUCAUGUCUGAGUGUAAGUGGAGGAGCCUGGCGGACAGGAACUUUGUGCUGAGGAUUGUUUGUGAGCACAUGGCCCAGGACCACCUCACCAACCCCUUCUGGGUCAAAGGUUACCUCAUCAAACCCAUAUCUCAGACCCUGAGGAACGACGGCGAGAGCUGCUCUGUCCACUACAAGGUACAUAUCUCUCAGGUCUCGCGACCGGACGGAGUGGAGGAGGCGAACAGUGAGGUGGAAUGGAUGAGAGAGGAAGAUGACGAAACGAUGGAGGAAGAGGAGGGGGAGAUGGAGGAGCUGAGAGGGGAAGAUAAGGAGGUGGAGGAAGGACAAAGCGUGGAGGAGAAGCAAAGAGAGCAAGAGAACAAGGCUGUGGGGAAGAAAAAGGGUCUGAAAUGGAAGGGCCUGCCUUUCUUAAUAGGAAUUUCUCCUGCUGGCCUCCUUACUGCCAACCUAAAGCAGACAGAAAUCUCAGACAAGGAACUGGUCACGGUGAAUGGCAGGUCCUAUCCCCAUGCCAAGCUACAACUGGGCAUGAUGGGAGCCAUGCACCCAGCCAACCGACUUGCUGCUUACCUCACGGGCAAGUUACGGAGGCCUACCGGUCCAGAGCCGUCUAUGGCGUCCUCCGUCUCAUCACAACACCCCCCCUCAGAAACCCCUGAAGAUGCAAGGUCCUCCACGGGACAACCGGCCCAGUUGACAGCCACUCCUACCACCAGUCUUACCAUGGUUACCACCACCACCACCACCAGUGUUCCCUCUGUCGCUUCAGUUGCUGCAGGCCCCAAGUCCAUUGGUGAUGUGUCUCUUCCAAAGACCUCCCCAAGCAGUGGCGUGGUUACUAGUCCCCCCGUGCUGGUGCUCCCUGACCCAGGGACCAGUAACUCUGUCAGAAUGGCGUGUCCUCCUACCUCCCAGACCCCAACCCCUCUCAUCCCCCUGACCCCUCUCGCAGCAGGGCGGAGGAUGGUUCUGCAGCCGGUGCGGAGUGCCUCAGGGACCACCCUAUACCGGAACCCCAACGGACAGCUAAUCCAGCUGGUUCCCCUCAGCCAGCUGCAGGCCCUCAACCCCAACCUCGUCAUGCGCAACAAGGGGGGUUUGAUCAGCUUAACCACACCUGCGUGCAUGGCCUCUGGAUCGACAGCCACCCUUAACAGCUCCCCCUCCACCACCUCUCUCACCACAUGGCAGAACACCAUCACUACCAUCCCCCUGGUCCCUUUCACUGUCCCAAAGACUCCAGGCAGCACCACCGCCCCUAAAACCACACCUCCCGAAGUCACUUCCUCCAUAUCAGGCUCCAAGUCUUUCAACAUCAGUAACGCUAAUCUCUCACCCACUGAGACAAAUAGCGGGACGUACACUUUGAAGAUUGUUCCUCAGACGGGUAACAAGGAGCCCAUCAUCAUCAAGUGUCCCAAGGUGCCAGCCCAGCCAGCCCAGGGCUCCUCCAAGGUCAUGCCUAUAGUAGGGGGCUUUACUGUGCUGCAGCCUUCCCCGAAAACCACAGUAAUUACUGUCAAAUUCCCCACAAAGACUGAUAGGGAAACAGGUGUCAAAGUUGCCACCACCACCACCACAGUGGACUCCCAUCUAGACUGUAAGGUCACGUCUGAGCUGUAUAGUUGGAUGCUGCCUUGCCAGAAAAGCACAAAACCCCCUGUAAGCCACAAGUUUAAAUUUAUUAAAGCUGACACUAUCUCCACAACGGACUCCAAUACAGAUCCUAAGAUCCAGCCUGAGAUGGGACGAGUGCCCCCCAAAAUCCUCAGACCCCCUAUAACCCCGGUUCCAAAGACAGAUGCAACUUCGAGACCUAUCUCGUCAGCGGACUCCAAUGUAGACCCCAAGCUCCUUCCUAGGAUGGCUUGUGUCAAUCAACCCUACCAGACCUGGACAGGACGACCAAAGAAGAAGAAGAGGAGGAAGGAGUUUGAGGUUGUGGAUCUGAUGGAGGAUGAGGACGACUCUGACGACAUGGACGAGGAGACGGACAACUCAUCUGACGACACUGUUAAUUCUUGUGUUAAUGAAGAGGAUCUCAUCGUCAUCAGUAAGCAGCUGAAGCACAAACACAACGUGCUGGAGAGGCAUCGGCGCUCCGAGCUCCAGGGACGCUUCCAGCAGCUGAGAGAAACACUGGAACUUGACGAGAAAGCUGCUAAAAUUAAAAUCCUCAACGACGCGAAGGAGGAGAUCCAGGUCUUGACAAAGAAAAGCACCAACGUGGAGAAGCUGAGGAGUUCACUGACCCUGGAGAGAGCAGUUCAUGUCAAGAAGAUGUCCCAGUUAACUGGAGAGUCUGAGGAACAGAUACUGACGAACAUUAAGUACAUCGGUUCCCAGCAGAAGAUCGAGAAGCUGCACGCCAACUGGAAGAAAGAAGGGAAAGUCUCCUCUGCUCUCUCGUCUUCCUCAGUUGUCUCCACCUGCGGUGAGUCUGAGCAGAGACCAAGGCCUGGUCCAAUCUCAAAGAGGACCACAGAAGAGGUUCAAGGGGGUAAGAGCAUGGGAGGAGUGACAGCAGAAACGGAGGAGGACAGGGAUGAGGUGGUGGACCUUCUGGAGGACACGGAGGACGAGAAAACCGACAACUCCUCGGAUGAGACUGAGGAUUCUGACGUUGACGACGACAAAAACUACAACGCUAAAGGGCACGUCAUUAAUACCAUCAGUGAUGAGGAGGAGCUUGUUGACAUUGAGAGUGUGGAGGACAAUGCAAUGAAGAUCACCACUCCACAAUUGAAGGCAAAAUGCACUAAAGAGCACUGGGACUUGCAUAACAAAUAUGAGAGACAACGCUGUGCUGAGUUUCGGAAGAGCUUUAAAGCCCUGAUAGAGACUUUGGACCUUGGCAACCCGGCACCUACUAAUGUUUUCAUCCUUGGGCAGGCCCGAAAACAAGUCAUUGACCUGAGAGACAAAUGCGAACGCCUGGAAAAACUGAAGAGUGCGCUAACCGAAGAACGAGCUGCUUAUAUCAAGAAAAUCUCCCAGAAAUCUGGAAAGACAGAGGAGCUCAUCCUCAGGAAGCUUCAGGACAUCUCUACCAAACAGAAGAACAUGGACGUGAUGUUCAAAGGGAAGCGGAGAGGGGCGUCCUCCGCCCCCUCGUCAUCAGUCCUACCCAAUAAAGCCAUCUCACCCAGCAGCAAUCAACAGACUAAGCCAAAAUCCCUGGCUCCCGGUCUCAGAUUAAAGGUGGUACCCACCCCUGUCCCUCACUCUAUCCCCCCACAGCCUGCACCCCAACAACCCAAGACAAGUCCCAUCAUCUCCCCACCCUCCAGGAAACCCCCCUCAAGGUGUCGUUCUCCGGGUGAAAGGACAAGACCUAACAUCCUGUCUCGCAGGAAACCACAACCUCCCCUAGAUUCCCCACCUGUUCAUGCUCGGUUUCUCCCUCCUCAAAUGCUGUCAAUAGUGGGGGAAGUGAUACCAUCUCAGCAGGGGAUCACUAAGAGCCCAAUGCAGCCUGCCAGUUCUCUGCUGCCGGUAGGACGCGUCACUGGAAUCGAAAUGCAACGGUCUCUAAUACCAGGUGUCGCUUCAGUUACCAUCUGUAUCCCCUCAAUGUCACAACCCAUUUCUCUCACUCCACCUCGUAAUAUCCUCAACAGGGGAGUUCCUCAUAGCGCCAAUGUGAUUUCACUGGUCAAAGCCCCUCCAGGUGUGUCAGGGGGAACUCCGAGGAGGCCAUCUCCAGUGAAGGGUAAGGGAAGUGGGCUGGAGGACGGGGAGCUGGGGAAGCAGUUGGACCACUCUGGAGACGGUGUAAAGAUCAACGACGCAGACCGGAAUUCUGAUGAGGAGGACGAAGACAACGAAGAAGGUGACGUUGAAGACGAGAGUCUGACAUCUCUCCUCAACGAGAUCGUCUUCCUCAACCAGCAGAUGACCACAGACAACAUCAGCCCCAGUGGUCUUCCAGUGGUCACCCACAAACCAGCCACUGAGCCUGGGGAGGCUGGGACGGACCGGUCCUCACCACCACCACCACCACCGCCGCAGGCAGAGAAGGAAAUCAUCAGAGAUGGAGAUGACGAGCGCUCCCUCAGCCCCUUGUUUCUGAGACUUGACGAGGACCUUCUGGGGCUGAAAGAGAGACAAGGACAGGAUGAGGCUUCCAAAGGCCCAGGCCUGCCAGUGCCACAGGCAGAGGACCUUAAAGUGGGUUCUGGAUCCAACGAGAAACCAACAGAGACAGGUUUUGCUCCUGCUCCGAUUGUCAAUGGGCACUGCCCACAAGGACCAGCAUGCACCGCAAAAGGUCACGGUGUACUUCAAAAGGCGCUGACCCCGCCUCCGCUGUUGCAGAUGAAAGUUGGCGUGGCCAAGGUGCUGGAGUCCAUUGAUAAGCCGGGGGAUGCCCUAGCCCCGCCCCCGCUACUGCAGAUGAGGCCAAUGCCGAGGCUAGCCCCACUAGGACUUAAGAACAACCCUCAGACGUAGAACUAAGCACUAAUUAACUUAGGGUCAAUGUUGUAGCCAUCUCUCCUCAAGAUCCUUACUCACAUGGGUCGUACUCAUUUGUCACCAAACUGACAAAAACUGACUGAAACAGGGUUGGACUACUACCUGAACUUGUCCAAUAAGAAAUGUUCAUUUUUGUUUUUCUGUUGCAAAAAGUUUCGCCACGGUGUGCUGUAAUAAAUAUGACCCUUAUGUGGCUCAACCAAUCAGGGAUAACUACAUUUAAAGGUACAAUGUAGCCGUUUUUAUCUCUGUCAAAUCAUUUCUUGGUAACAAUUAAGUAGCUUACAAUGAUUGUUUUCAGUUAACAUGGUCAAAAAUAGUUUCUUAGCAAAGAGCAAUUUCUUAUGCAAAUUUGCUAGGGGAAAACGAGCGUUUUUUGGUAUAUUAACUUAUUUAUUGCCUGGUGACGUCACCGGGCAGGCCUAAACCCCAUCCCACCAAAAUGGGUUGAAAUGUAUUUUCAAACCACUCUUACACUAAAAGCACAUGAUCAGAAUUUUCACAAUUUCACAGUAUUAAUCCAACCUCAUAGUGUGUAAAUGUAUCUAAAACACUGGGCCUUUGAGAUCCUUGUAAAAAAAAAAAAAAAAAAAAGGUUUUUAUUUAUGUCUUCUGCACUUUUGUUUUAUAAGCGGCACUACCUAACGUGCCUAUUGGAUAUCCAAAGAUGUUUGUUUGUAUCAAUAUAUACAGUAUAUUGACUUGAAAUGCAAAGACUGACAUGACACUGUUCUGACAGUCAGGAGUCAUGUUUUUCUCUUCAAAUUAGUGGAUUCGGCUAUUUCAGCCACACCAGUUGGUGACAAGUGUAUAAAAUCGAGCACUCGGCCAUGCAAUCUCCAUAGACAAACAUUGGCAGUAAAAUGGCCUUAAGAGCUCAGUGACUUUCAACGUGGCACCUAGGAUGCCACCUUUCCAAAAAGUCAGUUUGUCAAAUUUCUGCCCUGCUAGAGCUGCCCCAGUCAACUAAGUGCUGUUAUUGUGAAGUGGUAACGUCUAGGAGUAACAACGGCUCAGCUACGAAGUGGUAGGCCACACAAGCUCAAAACAGGAACGCUGAAGCGCGCUGCGCGUAAAAAUAAUCGGUCCUCGGCUACAACACUCACUACUGAGUUCCAAACUGCCUCUGAAAGCAACGUCAGCACAAGAACUGUUCGUUGGGAGCUUCAUAAAAUUAGUUUCCGUGGCCGAGCGGCCACACCCCAACCAAAGAUCACCAUGCGCAUUGCCAAGCGUCGGCUGGAGUGGUGUAAAGCUCGCCGCAAUUUGACUGCAGCAGUGGAAACGCGUUCUCUGGAGUGAUGAAUCAUGCUUCACCAUCUGGCAGUCCGACGGACUAAUCUGUGUUUUGGCGGAUGCCAGGAGAACGCUACCUGCCCCAACGCAUAGUUUGGUGGAGGAGGAAUAAUGUUCUGGGGUUGUUUUUCAUGGUUCGGGCUAGGCCCCUUAGUUCCAGUGAAGGGAAAUCUUAUCGCUACAGCAUACAAUGACAUUCUUCUGUGCUUCCAACUUUGUGGCAGCAGUUUGGGGAAGGCCACCAAUACCCUUGUGCACAACGCGAGGUCCAUACAGAAGUGGUUUGUCGAUCGGUGUGGAAGAACUUUACUAGCCUGCACAGAGCCCUGACCUCAACCCCAUCGAACACCUUUGGGAUGAAUUGGAACGCCGACUGCGAUCCAGGCCUAAUCGCGUAACAUCAGUGCCUGACCUCACUAAUGCUCUUGUGGCUGAUUGAAAGAAAGUCCCUGCAGCAAUGUUCCAACAUCUAGUUGGGCUCCUGAGUGGCGCAGCGGUCUGAGGCGUCACAUCCGGCCGUGGUUGGAAAUCCCAUAGGGCGGCGCUCAAUUGGCCCAGCGUUGUCGGAGUUUGGCCGGGGUAGGCCGUCAUUGUAAAUAAGAAUUUGUUCUUAACUGACUCCGUGUUACUGCCCAUGAUUUUGGAAUAAGAUGUUCGACGAGCAGGUGUCCACAUACUUUUGGUCAUGUAGUGUAUGAGGGUAUGUUUGUGUAUGUAGGAGAGCAUGUAUAUGCAUACUUGUAAGGGUUAAGGUCUGUUUGUCAUUUUGGUCACGUAGUGUAUCUAGAAUCAGUUUAGCCUUUUAGAUCAUAAGGAAUAAGCUUACAAGGAUCUGACGCUUAAAAACGGGCCCUGAUCUGUUGCUUUUCUUCCCCUUAUUUUAAAGAGGAGAUGCAGUGAAUUUCACAUAAUAUUAAGCUACCAGGAACUCUACAUUUUAAGGGUGUCCAGUAUGUUCUGGUUUUAGAGUAUAUCUCUACCAUCAGAGCAAGAUGAUCUGUAGACAGACAGCCGAUAGUGCAGAGGCUGUUUGUGUUCAUAGUACUAUACUGUACUGUUGAGUGUAUAUGACUGUUUCAGAGGCCCUGUCUCCAUAUUGGAGUAGAGUAGGCCCUGCUUGCCAUAUCUUCGUGUUUGAUGCAAGGAAAGUUCUCGGUCGUAGUGAAUUAAGCCUUAAAGGUUAAGGGACAUUUCAUCUGUUUUUGUAUGGCACACUGUUUGCGACACUAACCACUGUGUGCACCGCAGACAACAAAUCUCAACGUAAACUUAAUAAGCAAUAUCCUACCUAAUAGGUCCCUGUAGGAUGUGACCUUUCUAAGAGCAGCUUUACUUGUUCAGUGAUGUAUGUAAUAAUCAGACCGUGACGUUCACUAUAUAAUAGGAGUAGAGGUGGCGUCCCAAAUGGCACACUACUCCCUAUAUAGUGCACUACUUUUGGUCAAAAAUAGUGCACUACUCCCUAUAUAGUGCACUACUUUUGGUCAAAAAUAGUGCACUUUAUAGGGAAGAGGGUGCCAUUUGAGGGAAAAUUUAUUCGAUGUUAAAUUGGGGGAAAUACAUUUGCUGUAAUUAUUUUUAUGCUGCUAAGAGGUAAGCUUGCAGAAUUAACAGCCAACCAACCCUCUUGUUAAACAGCAUCAAUACUUUUUUGCUAGAAGCAUGAAGUGUAGAUUUCAUUUCUGUAUAAAGUAUAAAAUACAUGUUUUUAUAAUAAUAGGCCAUGUAAAUAAUUACUUUUUUCCACUUUUAAGACUGUUUUUUUUCUUCUGAUAAUGGAGUUGUUUUUGUAAAGGUAUUUCUGAUAUUUUUAUAUGGUGUCAAUAACCGUUAUGUUUAGGAUGUUGGCAUAAGAGAAAUUAAGACGCCUUGAAAUAAAAUCUAACGAUGAA